AUUUGACGUCAGGAAGAUGGCGCCUAACUGUUGCUGCUGCUGCCUGUUCCUGCAGAUGUGCUGGAUGUGAUCUCCAGCCCCGGGUUCGGUCUCUCCAUUAGCUGUCAGACACCAGGUGUUAUAUAAUGUGUAUUAAUGAAUCAUGCUGUGUUAUAUAUCAUACUCUAUGGCCAUUCACUGAUCAUUCCAUGUGACAUGCAGGGAGUUGUGCAAUGUGAAUGCAUAUUGUCUCUGCUCUUAAUAUAAUGUCAUAUGAUGUAACAUGCUCAUGUACACAUGUUGUAAGAUGCUGUAACAUGUAAAUCCAGGAUUAUGUAUGAUAUUAUCAUGUUCUCUCUUCCCCUAUAGCCAUGGGGGCUUUUUAUAUUCUCAUCUUAAUGUAAUUAAACUGGUGCUGAGUGAAGGAGUAAAUUCAUUAUUAUACCAAAUAAUAAACUACACACACACAUCUAUCUAAAUAUAUACUUUAAAAUACAAUGUACUUAAGUUAGAGGGUCUAGCAAAUACCCAAAUAUUGGCUGGUUUGCAACAACUCUAUAUUCUGUGUGUACUAGUUAUUAUUCGGUCAUACUACAGUGAAACAGCACUUAACAUUAUAUUUUCCAUUUGCAUGAAAACUAGCAGGAGAUUUGUUCAGGUUGUGGUGUUGUGUUUGAUGCAAAAAACAAACAAAAAAAACCCACGCAAUUAUCGCAUCCCUAUUGACUGGUGUUACAAAAUGUACAACUGUAUUACAGUUUCAUGAAGUUUCUAAAAGCAGUUUUCAUAGAAAUUUGUGUUAUGUUUUUUUUUGUUUUUUUAUUAAUGAAUCUGUAUACAAUGUUUUCAUUAUUAUACGUUAAAUUCCCGACACAUUUUAUAUACUGACCGUAUAAAUUUGAAAAAAUUUUAUUUGUCAAUUAAAAAGAAAACCAAUUGUGCCACUACCCCCAAAACAUAGUAUGCAAUCUAACAUAAUUUACUACAUGUCAGGUGUUUGACUCCGUACCAUGAUGCUCUUUGUAACACAAUUUUCUAUCUAUAAAUUAAGAGAUUUAUACAGCACUUACCAUGUAUCUAAUAAAGUGCCAACAGGAAUCUCCAUGAAAGGUAUUAGUUUAUUAAGAUACAUAUGCAUAUAUGGCAGGUAUUCCGCUGUUAAAGUGCAAGCACUGUUUAAUAUCUACUACUUAUGCAGAGAAAGAAAUUAACACUUUUCAUGGAAUUUUCUCGUUUCACUUUAUUGAAUAUCAGAUGAAUGUGGGGAAAAUCUCUUGCUUUAUUUAAUUGUAUAGUUGGAGGAUGUGCUUUUUGUUUUUAUUUUCUUUUUUUACUAUUUUGUCUUUCUGUUGUUUGCAGGCUGCAGUAGUGAACAUUGGUUUUACUUUCUGUACAUUGACAUUGAUGUAAGAAUUGCACAAUGCCACCGUUUCGUCAGGUUGGAGAGAAGCAGCUGCCCCAGGAGAUAAUCUUUAUGUCCUGGUCACCAAAAAGAGAUCUUAUUGCAUUAGUAAACAAAGCUGGAGAGGUAAAAUAUGCAUUGAUUAACAUGUUUGUAGUUAAAUGACCUUCACACUCCUUUACUUGAUUUUUGUUUCCCCCUGCCUUCUUCAAAUGCUGAUCUUGAAUUAUUAUAAAGUGCAGGCUUCUUUACAUGUACAUUAGAUUCAAAACCAGGAAAUGUGCUUGCUUUUAACCCCUUAAGGACACAUGACGUGUGACAUGUCAUGAUUUCCUUUUAUUCCAGAAGUUUGGUCCUUAAGGGGUUGAAUACAGUUGUUCUUCACAUUUCAGUGGUGGUGUUUCUUCUGCUUGCAGGUCUUGCUUCAUCGGCUCGCAAAUAUUCAGAGAGUGUGGAGUUUGCCUCCAAGUGAAAAUACCGGAAAACAAGUGACAUCACUCGCAUGGAGACCAGAUGGCAAAAGUAAAGUUUAUUCUUCAAAGAAAAUAUAAAAUCACCUGUAAUGAUGUAUCCUUUUGUGCAAUAUUAAUAUUCUUCAGAUAAAUUAUUAUUUUUUUUUUUUUUUUACUCCUUCUAAAACUGUCUGAAAAUAGAAAAUAAAUCCUUAAUUGCAUAUCACUAACGAGAAUCACUAGGUGUAGCAUAAGCACUGUAUGUUGGAGGCAAAUUUACUGUUUCAGCUGACAUUUACAUGUAUUCACUGACAUUCUACUGACUUUACUUUUUAUUGUCAGUUUUGGCUUUUGGGCUUGCUGAUACCAAGCGGGUUGUAUUAUGUGAUGUGGAAAAGCCAGAAAGCCUACAUUGUUUUUCUGUGGAAACACCAGUAUCCUGCAUGCAUUGGAUGGAGGUGACAGAGGAGAACAGGCAAGUCUACAUAUCAUAAUUUUGUUCCAAACCCAGUUAUUUAUUUUCUUCAGUGUUUAAUAUCACUCUGAUGUGAAAUAAAACAUACUUCAGUUUAUUGAGACUGUUAGGUUAGUUUAUAAUAUUACUUUUGAAGGAUAGUACAUUUAAAAAUAUAUUUUUUUCCCAUGUGGAAUAAUAAUUAGUUAGAUUUUAUUUAUUUUUAAUGUUUAUAGUGUUGAAGUAGUUAUUUACCCAAUUCAUGUGUGAUACAAAUAUCCAUAGAAAUGAGGGGAGAUCUUGGCAUAAUCUCUGUUGCAGCUUUGCAUUUAUUGGACAUGCAGAUUUACGAGCCAUUGUUUUUUUUCCUUUUUCUGGUUUUAAGUAUUUUGACAUCUUUUUAUAAUGCUGAGGGUGAAGUGAACAUUCUGCUGCCAAAUCUGCCUCCACUGCCUAAAAAGUGAGUCCCAUUUUUUUUUUUGUCUUUGUCUUAUAUAUGUAUACAAUUACUCCACUAUUACAUUAAUUGUGAAGCAGGUAAAAAAGGUAUAACUUACUAUAAACUUGGGGGGGGAGAGGGAUUACCAAUUUGAGACCAUAAAGUGCUAGAUGUAAAAUAGUGUGUGUGCAAAAUAGCUUAAUUUCGCAAUUAACGUGAAGUCUAAUAAAAUGCAGCUUAAAGAAGUGUAUUUGAUUUGGAUUACAGUGUUUUAAUUGAAAACAAUGAUCUCACUGUGUAUUAAUUAAAAAUAACGUGUUACACAUAUUGAUACUUGGCUACAGGAUCAAUCUUCCUUAAAUUGUUGUAAUACCUCAAAAAUUAGAUAAAGCACAAUACAUAAUGCAAGCACACAGACGUGAAGAGUGUAUAUACCCCACCACUGGUGUAUAAAUGGAGCGCUUUAGGAUUUUGAACUUAUCCUUAAGGGUUUGAGACAGUUUUCAAUUUUAAACAAUAUUUUCAGAUGUACAAAUCUGUAACAACAAAGCUGAUAUAGUGCAAUAUUGUAGUGACACAGAAUUGGAAGUAGUUAUGGUUGUAUAGAGUUACAAUAGUCUCACUCACAUGGGAUAGAGCCUCUUUGGAUGGGCUCAAGUCACUUGGGCGUAUGUGUACUCUGGUGACAGCAAACCCUUACUUUCUUCCUUAUUCACGUAUAUAUCUCAUGGGUAAAGGAGACAAGAGGGCAGGGAAAUAGAGAAAGCAGUACAGCCUCUAGUGUAAUUACUCCUACAUACAACAAGAAUAUACAAAAAAUAUGGUUUCUCACCUUUUUAGGAGCCUAGACCUGGCUCCUGGUAUGCAAAUGUAUGUGCCUUUAAGGGGGCAACUACCCUUCUUAUGAAGUGAAAUGGAAGAUGGUCGACUUGAAUCUAGUAUAAAAUAAAUUUACUUGAACAGAUCUAAAAAACUCAGCAUGCAAAUAAAAUUUUCUAAAAGAUUAUAACAAAACAGUAAGUCUUCCUGUUGGCCCGGAUUUCUUUUGCACAUACAUUAUUUUGCGUCUAGCGUUUUUGUCUCAGAUUGGUGGGGUUUUUUUUCCACAAGUUGUUUGUAAGCUAUACCUUGAUUAGUUUUCACUAAGCAUUUGACUAUUAAAAAAAUAUAUUUAUGACUUUGUAACAGAUAUACCUCCAGUGUUUGAGCAGCUAACUCAACUAACGUCUAACAAGAGUAAAUUUAAUCAAUUUAUUUAUUUAUUUAUUUUAAAUCGCCUUUACACAUAUAACCCCAUAUUAGCUAUGUUACUAGAUUAGUGCUACAGAUGACUGGACCUGUAAGUGUAGUUUAAAUCUAUGCAAUAUAAUAAUAGCAACUCUCACUUAAAACUAUUCCAUGUAUAGUUUGUAGUUGCGUUUUAUCGACUUUAUGUAACUUUCCUUUCCAUGUGUGUUAUUCCAGUUACAAUGCAACAGCAAAAAUCUUCAGGUAAGAUAUUUUGUAAAUAUACAUUGUCCCUGUACAUGGUAUUGAAAUGUCUCACUACAGCCCAACCUUUUCUAUUCUAGUGAAGAGAAAUCAGAUGAAAUCCUGAAGCUCCUAGGUGACGUUAGGUAAAUAAUGUUUUUUUAAUCUUCAAAGAUAUUAUAUAUUCAUUCAAGAAGCAAAUAGGACUUUCUUUUGAAACCCUACUAUGUAUGCAUAACACAAUAUUAAAAAGGAAUACUUUUUUUUAUUUUUUUAUUCUUUAUUUUUGUUGUGCAUUGCAAAAUCACAAUCUGACAAAGCCUGUACACAUGUCAUGUAACAAGCAACAUUAUACAGUAGCAUUCCCGGGACUGGCUUGGCUUAGAUGCACAUUUUUACAUUUUUGUUUGAACACAAAACCAGAUACACUGGCAUCAAAAGUAACAGCGUUGAUUAUAGGUAAUAUCAUGUUUAUAGCAGAACCAGCUGUUAUUCUCAGCAAGCUAGUGCAAGGCCAUCAGUAUCUAUGAGCCUUUGCCGCUUACCUUGUAUAUUCUUUAUAUUUGUUCAAUACAUUAAUUCAAGCCGAUAAGACCAAGACACAUAUUUUAUAACAAAUAACGUUGUACAGUAAACUUUUCGUGGCUGGCCUGAUAUGAAUGUAAAUUUUUAAGUAAUGUUUCCAAACAGAAACUCAGGUACUUAGUUAGCUGUAGUAGUAAUGUUGAUAUAAGCUGACCCGUAUGUACAGUACAAAUUGUGCUUUCUGUUGGAAAUAAAGAGAGAUCCCUGUAUCCGUAGUUCUUUUGCUAUUUGCCCUGUGAAUGCCAGGGCUGUGAUAUACUAAGUCAUAAGAGAGUAAAAAAAAAAAGGAGGUUCAAAGAGUAAGACAUGAAAUACAAGAUAAGAGAAGGAAAAAGAGAAAAAGAAGGAUAAAAAGAGACCAGGAAAGACAAAGAGUGAAAGGAAAGAAAAGAAAAGUCAGGGUGACUAAACACGCGGCGGGGCACCAGAGGGCGGGAGGAAGGAGGGGGGCCAAGGGAGGAGGGGGACCGAGGCACAUUCAUUAAGACCCUCCCGGCACAUAAGUGCUCAGUGAGCUAUCAUCCCACGGCUCCCACAGUUUCUGGAACGCCCCCGUGGUCCCCCUAACACUAGCAGUCAGAUAAUCCAUUAAGCAUACUUCCCUAAUUCUCGUGAUAACGCUCGCUAUGUGUGGUAUAUCUGGUUGUAGCCAUGUGUGUACUAUAGCUCUUCUUGCAGCUAGAGUAAAUUUGUGAAUUAGUUUUUGCUCCCUUCUAGUCCAGCCAUCAAUAGAUCUGUUCAAUAGAUAUACCCAAGGGCUCUGGAAAACACUUGUGUUAGGAGGUCCCUUAUGGCCAUCCAAAACCUGGCAAUCUUAGGUCACUACCACCACAUGUGUAGGUAUGUCUCCUUUUUCCCACAUCCCCUCCAGCAUUCGUCUGUAGUGGUUUUGUGCAUUUUGAAUAGCAUAACUGGGGUCGUAUACCAUCGGAACAUCAUUUUAAAGGAUCGUUCCUGUAAUGUCACGCAUAUAGAGGUGGUUCUGCUGACCUCCCAGAUCUCCUGCCAUUCUAUUCCCUCAAGUUCCUCACCAAGACCUCUCUCCCAUCGUGCGAUGUAUGCUAGUCCCCCCCCAUUCCUUAGUUUCAGUGCAUAGAUGUGUGUACAGUUGGGUUAUGAGACCCCUGGGGAUAGUCUCCGUGUUACAUGUUGAUUCAAAGAAGGUCAGUGUCUUAUGUGCUAAGGAUUUUAUAUGUGGCUGUCUAGCAAAGUCUUUAAUCUGCAAAUAUCUAAAAAAAAAUCGUUAGGUGUUAGAUGUCUUCCCUGUUUAAGAUCAUCGAAGGUGAUUAUCUCGGGACCCUGGUAUAGAUGGUUGAUCCUUUGUAUGCCUGCUCGUUCAAUAUUCCUGAAGUUCUUUGCCUCCAUUCCCAGGGCAAAUGCUCUGUUGCGUAGUAUCGGCAUAAGAGGAGAGGGAAAAGACACCAAUCCAAAUUUGGGUCCAUAGGAGUCCCACAGUCUGAGGGAGUUCAGAAUUGCCAGGCAUGUAACCCUAAUCAGAGGGCUAUGUUCCCUGGAGACCCACAUCGCGAACUGGGGGAGAUCUGCGCCCAUCAUUAGUGAUUCUAUCUCUACCCAUUUCUGCUCAUUGGGGGGUGAGUGCCACAAAGCAAUCUGUGUCAACUGUGCUUCCACGUAGUAAUAGAAUAAAUUGGAGAGGCCCAGACCUCCUCUUGGUUUAGGUCGGGAUAGAAUAUGCCUAGCUAUGCGGUGUCUUUUAUUUUGCCACACAAAAUUACCAAUAGCUCGUUGAAGUGGGAUCAGAUGUGUUUUGGUCAGGGAUACCGGUAGUGCCUGGAAGAGGAAUAGGGCCCUCGGCAAGAUAUUCAUCUUUACCGAGUGGAUCCUUCCUAUCCAGGAGAUAGUUUUUUUCAUUCCAUCGUUCCAUAUCUUGUAUUAAAGUACGCCAUAAGGGGGUAUAGUUUCGGGCGUAUAAAUCCUCGGGAUCAGCUGUUAAGUGAACACCCAGGUAUUUGAGGGAGUGUGUUUCAAUCUUGAUACGAUACUUGGUAUGUAUACGAUUAGUCUCCGUUUCUUGCAUUUCUAUGGGGAAUGUGCUAGAUUUUGUCAUGUUCUCCUUGAAGCCUGAUAUUUCCCCGUAUGCUGUUAUAACUUCACUUAGGGCCCCCAUAGAGAUCUCUGGUCUCAUAAUCGUCAGUAAAACAUCGGCAUAUGGCGCUACUUUAAAUUCUCAAUCUCCCACCCUCACUCCGUGUAUAUCUGGAUUUGUUCUAAGCUCCUGUAGGAAGGGUUCCAAUGAGAUAACAACAAUGGGGAGAGAGGGCAACCCUGUCUCGUGCCGUUGAAAAACUGAAAUGGGGAAGGUAUUGCACCCGAAAUCCGAACUUGAGCUCUAAGGUUGCUAUACAUGGCCCGUACCGCCGUGGUAUAUUCCGCUGCGAAUCCUAGGUGUUGUAGUAAUGUGAACAUAUAAUGCCACUUAACUCUGUCAAAAGCCUUUUCGGCGUCAGUCGAAAGUCUAAAGUAGGCGUACUCGUAAUUGAUUGUUUCCAUAUGAGGUCUGUGGUUCUACGGGUGUUUUCAAAUAAUUGUCUCCCUGGUAUGAAGCCAACUUGGUCUGCGUCUAUCAAAGAUGUCAAAUGUGGGGAGAGACGGUCCGCCUGUAUUUUAGCGAACAGCUUCAUAUCAUGAUUUAUUUAUUUAUAAGGGAAUAGCUACCUGGGAGAAAUGGGUCUUUGUCCGGUUUAGGAAACAAUACUAUGGACGCCAGUGCCAUAUCCAGGUAAAAUAUUUUUUAAAAGGGGCGGACCAACAUUUUAUUUUAAAUUUAAUAAUUUCUACACACACAAGUGCAAAUAAUGAAAACUAGCUCAAACUAGAUUCACUAUUUAGUCUUGAUUGUUAAAAUUCCCAAUGUGUCUAGGGUUUCAAUAACAUUUUAGAAGUUAUAAAGCAAAUAUUGCAAGGAGUAGAUUACGGUUUUGAAGCAAAAAUCUUGCAACUUUUUGCAUGCUUUGACAUGAGACAGCUCACUCUCAUGCUGCAGCACACAGUGAUUGGUGCUGGGCAGCUGGCAGAACUGCAACAGUGGGCAAGCAGAGAGACCACCCCAGGGUCUGAAAAUCACCCUGUAGGUCUCCCUUUUAAUGUAGGGGGAGAGCUGGAAGGGGACAUUAUUAUUUUUACAUUUGUCACGGUAGCACAAUUACACUAACACAGCAUUUAAAUCAAUUUAAAGGGGAUAUGAGCAGCUACUCAUAACUCAUCAGCUGACACAGGAGUUCCCAAGGUAUCAAAAGAUAAUUGCAGGUCUUUGGUACCAGCAGGGAUUUUACCUCUGCUGGAACCUUUUCCUGCAUGACUGUCUGUGCCAUCACUUGGCAUUAAACCUCUGCACUUCAUGAUGGCAUAGACUGUCAUGUGAUCCUUAAGUGGUUAAGUUGUAUUGUGAUAUUGUACUACCAGCUUAUUUCUCUUCUUGUUGUUCAAAAGCAGCUGUUAAAGAAUAUUAAUACUAGCAGCUAGUAAAUGAUUGCAGCUAACGAAAUACAAAAAGGCUUCAAUGGUUCACUUCCUUUUAAAAUCUGCAUGGAACGUGUUCCUGUCUCCAUUGAUACUGACCUCCACUUAGCAUUUACCGAUUUGAAAAUUGGACAGGAAGAUGCAUUUUCCAAUUGAUUGCUGUAAACUUCACCUGUGAUCAUCAAAGUUGUCUUUACUGUUUGCAUACACAUGGCUUGCUACACUUCACAAGUAUUUAUGGAUUACUACAUAUACCAUACUUCUAUUUAGCUUCAGUUGUUAAAUGUACAUACAUAUAUUUUAUUGAUUUAGUAUAUAUUGAGAGAUUGCAGUCGCUAAUUUGUCUUUUACCUCUUGAGACCUAGAUUAAAAAAAAAUACAUGUAUUUUUUUACCAUCUAGCACAGAGGUAGGCAACAUUUUAGUAGAACUGUGACAAAACAAGAUAUUGAAAUCUCUUGGCGUGCCGGUCGUAAUUUUUUUUAAAUUGAGGUGUGUGUAUAUUGCCAUUUUCUAAAAAUAUGUAAGUAUAGUGCAGGAAUAAAGUGCUAUAAUUGUAAUAGGUGUAGCUAAUAUCACCAGUGUUAAGUAAAUUAAAAUAACCUAUUGAUUGGCAGGCUCAGACUGUCAGCACUAUUUACAGGUAACCAAUCUCUGGAUCUCUGCUCCCUUCUCCUUUUCAUUGACCAGCCAAAUAAACUCUACAUCCAUGUUCAAAGUAUAACAAUUUAUUGGGGAAAAGAUAUUCCAAACAAGGUUAAAAAAAUAUAUGUAUAUACAAACAGCAGCACUAACGUGUUUAAACCUAACCAGGUCUUUCUUAAAGUGCAUAAAGUUUGUUUGUGCAUUUCCGGCUUUAUUAGAUGAUAUGCGCGGCUGUUCAUUUAAUUUGCUCACGCUUUUUUGCUUUCCUGGGUUCAUAGUAUAGUUUUGUGUCAUUUCCUGUUAGUCUCUUACUGACGCUCGGCAUCUCGCCAUAGCGUCUGAUUUCAUCAUGUGCUGACGUACAUCUGUCAGCCGCAAUUCCGGACGUCAUCUCCUUUGAGGGAAAAUCCAUUGAUUCUGCCCCUUAACUCAAUACCUUAUUACAUAGUCUAAAACAUACCAUUUUAAAAGCAGUUCAAUAUACAAUACCUGUAAAAAUAAGUGUUUGUCAAGGGCAUCAUUUCAAAUAGGUAUUCUGCUUGGACCUAAAGUUAAAAAAGGGAAAUUAAUCACUCCUAUAAAAAAAAGCAAAAGUUAUGAGACAAUUAUUAAACAACCCAAAAAGACAAAUUGUAAAACCAAUAUAGAAAAAAAAUUUGUACUGGCAUAAUAGCUAAUAAAAUAUUGUGCGUAGACCUAAAAAUAAGAGAGGGUAUUAGAGAGUGGGAGAUAAUAGAAGGUAAAAAAGGAAUCUUAAUCAUUUUGAGGAACUUCCUAAAGUUUCUGGAAAUAAAAGAUGUGUGUGUGUGUAUGUAUGUCUGUGUGUGUGUGUGUAUGUAUUGUGUAUGAUCAAUAUGAAUGUGGGCUGUGUAUGAGGGCUGCUUGUGGAAUUCUGGCUGUGGAUGAUAUGUCACAUUGUGUCUUUGGUGGUGUGUGUAUGUGUGGGGCUGCUUGUGGUAUUGUAUGUGAGAGGUUGUUUGUGGGGUUGUGUAUGUGGAUUGUUAGUGGUGUUGUGUUUGUGGGGACUGUAUGUGUGUUUGUGCUGUUAGUAUUUGUAUAAGGUGGAGGUUUAUUCUGCAGCUCUGUGUAUAUCUAGCAGUGAGAGUGGCUUCCCUGGGGACCAGUGGGGACUAAGCUGGCAAGGUGCUGGUAAAGGGCAGCUGCUCUACUCCCAUUCUAUUCAUCUUCACAAGAGCUAGAAAUAGGUAAAUUGAGCAUUGUUCCUCACCACCUGCAAUCACCACUCGGUUUGCACUAGCAGAUAUCUGAAGUCCCACUGGGACUUCUGAUAUGACAGAGCCUGUUUGGCUUUGGCAGCCUUGAAUGCCGUGCAUGGCUCAUGUGCCAUAGGUUGCUGAUCCCUGAUCGAGCAUGUAUCCCAGGUGCUACUUGGCAUUUAGCAUCUCCUGUUAACCCCUAUGGAAGACCUGAAAAUAUGACAGCCUAUAAUUACCAGUUGUUAUGUUCUAUGGCAUGGAGAUAGCCAGUAAUAACUAAUGUGAGCAACAGCCAUUUUAAUGAUUAAAGAGUGGUUGGUAAAUGAUUGCGACAGAUGAGCCCAGUGUUGGCAUGCAAAGUGUUUCAAGCAUUAUUUUGCAGUUUGCCGUGAAAUUAUAUUAUGUGCUUGUAGACUGGCUUUCCUUACAAUGUAUUGCCACAAGCUAGCCGCAUGAUUGUCCUCUGAGCCUCUGUUAUCUGGUCUGAAAUGAAAGAAUCCAGGGCAGUGUACAGAGAGUGGUGACGAGGCCUUCGUAAGUUCCAUCAGAUGUGAGGGAAGUAAUUUGUAUGUGUGCCUGUCGUAUUUCUAGUACAAUGCAUCAGUAAAGUUAAUACCAAAAAAUGCGAUCAUGGUAUAGCAUGCAUAGUCUGCUGUAUAAAAUAGAUUGUAAGGUUUCUUAUAUAACCAGUUUAAAUAUAAAUUGGGGUUCCUCAGAAGACACAGUGACACUUAUAUGAUUGUCUUUUGUUUCUUAAGGCUCAAUGCUUUAGUCCUUGGAGGAGACUCCGGGCAGAUUGAAAUCUAUGCGUACGGAAUGUACAAGAUUGCAACCAUCACAGAGGUAAAGUUCUUUUUCCUUUUUAGGGAAAUCAAUUCCCCUUAAAAAUGGGGCUUAUUCACAACACACAUACCUAUCCAUCCCUCCACCUUCCCCUCUCUAAUUGUUUUUAUGCACAAAUCACUUAUGCUCCUACGCACACUGCACCAUGGGAAGAAUUGCCCAUGAGCUUGAGAAUUAUGGGAUUGCUGUGGAGAUGGGUCUUAUAUGUGCCUCCAGUUGACACCAUUCUGAUAAACCGUGGAUUUCAGUGUAUUUUAUGCAGUCUGAUGGUUUUGUUUUGGUGUAACCUGAACAUUGUCUUUUAUUUCCCAGGUCUUUGGAGCCUGUCGAGGGUUAUGUUUAUCUAGUGAUCUAAAAUCCAUGUCUGUUAUUACCGAGCUGUCAACGAACGCCACCCCUGAGAUUACUUACUUUCAGGUGAGCUUCAAUUUAGUGGUCAAAGGACCUGAAGUCAUGCUAAGCUUGCAGUUUGAUUUGUGUUUUGUCUUUUCUUUUCUCAGUUAGAUACCAGUUUGUUGUCUGACUACUUACCUGAAGUUACCCGGAUGGCCAGGAAGUUUACCCACAUUUCUACCCUUCUUCAAGUAAUUACUAUUUAUUUACAGCAAUACAAGCUGAUAUUUUAUGUGAAAAGUUGGUUAUGUAGUGGAGCUUUGCACCUGUGCGGUAUCUUUCAUCUUGCUCUGGUAACCCUGUGCAGAUCUUCCACCUGAUGGCAUCAACGGAAGUUUGAACGAUUUUUAGCCUUUGUUACGAACCUAAUAGAAGCAGAGAGAGUGAGCAUGUGCUUGUUUGUCUCUCUCUCGCUAUUUCUCUUGUUCUAUAUGACUUAAAGGAAUCCUCCAAAAACUAUAAUCACUACAGCCCGCUGUAGUGGUUAUGGUGCCAGGAGAGACACAAAACCAUUCUCAUAAUGAGUUCUCAAAGCAUUUUAUGGCGUUUGGCAACGUAACUUGGGUGCAUCCUCUGUUUCGUAUAUUUUCCAGCAUAAGAAGCCAGGUGACUCUAGCAUAAAGCACAAUCUAAUUGUUUGGGAAGUUCCUUUAAAAGCCCAGUGUAGCAAAUUUUGGAAAUAUUGUUUAGCAACUGACUGCAUACCCUUAUUGUAAUGUAACUUGAAUGCUAAAUGCAUCUAGAUGUAAAGGUGAUACUCAAAAAAUGAGAAUAUCAUGCAAAAGUUAUUUUAUUUCCGUAAUGUAACGUAAAAGGGGAAACUAAUAUAUGACAUAGACGCAUUACAUGCAAAGCAAGAUAGUUCAAGCCAUGAUUUGUCAUAAGUGCGAUGAUUAUGGCUUACAGCUCAUGAAAACCCCAAAUCCACAAUCUCAGUAAAUUAGAAUAUUGUGAAAAGGUGCAAUAUUCUAGGCUCACAGUGUCACACUCUAAUUAGCUAAGUAAGCCAUAACACCUGCAAAGGGUUCCUGAGCCUUUAAAUGGUCUCUCAGUCUGGUUCAGUAGGAAUCACAAUCAUGGGGAAGACUGCUGACCUGACAGUUGUGCAGAAAACCAUCAGUGACACCCUCCACAAGAAGGGAAAGCCUCAAAAGGUAAUUGCGAAGGAAGUUGGAUGUUCCCAAAGUGCUGUAUCAAAGCACAUUAAUAGAAAGUUAUGUGGAAGAAAAAGGUGCACAAGCAGCAGGGAUGACCGCAGCCUGGAGAGGAUUGUCAGGAAAAGGCCAUUCAAAAGUGUUGGGGACUUUCACAAGAAGUGGACUGAGGCUGGAGUCAGUCCAUCAAGAGCCACCACACACAGAUGGAUCCUGGACAUGGGCUUCAGAUUUCGUAUUUCUCUUGUCAAGCCACUCCUGAACAACAAACGUCAGAAGCGUCUUACCUGGGCUAAAGAAAAACAGACCUGGUCUGUUGCUCAGUGGUCCAAAGUCCUCUUUUCUGAUGAAAGCAACUUUUGCAUCUCAUUUGGAAACCAAGGACCUAGAUUCUGGCACACACUGCAAGAUGCUUGAAGUCCAGUGUGAAGUUUCCACACUCUGUGUUGAUUUGGGGAGCCAUGUCAUCUGCUGGUGUUGGUCCACUGUGCUUCUUAAGUCCAGGGUCAACACAGCCAUCUACCAGGAGAUUUUGGAGCACUUCAUGCUUCCUUCCACAGACAAGCUUUAUGGGGAUGCUGACUUCAUUUUCCAGCAUUGCCAAUAGUACCAAAGCCUGGUUCAAUGACCAUCGGAUUACUGUGCCAGCAAACACGCCUGACCUGAACCCCAUAGAGAAUCUAUGGGGCAUUGCCAAGGGAAAGAUGAGAGCCAUGAGACCGAACAAUGCAGAAGAGCUGAAGGCCGCUAUUGAAGCAUCCUGGUCUUCCAUAACACCUCAGCAGUGCCACAGGCUGAUGGCAUCCAUGCCACGCCGCAUUGAGGCAGUAAUUGCUGCAAAAGGGGCCCAAACUAAGUACUGAGUCCAUAUGCAUGCUUAUACUUUUCAGAGGUCCGAUAUUGUUCUAUGUACACUCCUUGUUUUAUUGUGUGCAUGUAAUAUUCUAAUUUACUGAGAUUGUGGAUUUGGGGUUUUCAUGAGCUGUAAGCCAUAAUCAUCGCACUUAUGACAAAUCACGGCUUGAACUAUCUUGCUUUGCAUGUAAUGCAUCUAUCUCAUAUAUUAGUUUCCCCUUUUACAUUGCAUUACUGAAAUAAAUUAACGUUUGCACGAUAUUUACAUUUUUCGAGUAUCACCUGUAGUCUAUUUAAACCUGCUACCCCUCCUCCCCCCCCAAAUGUACAAUUGCUCAUAAUUACUUUUUUCCUGUUUCCAGUACUUGAAAUUAGCCCUCACGUGUAUGUGUGAAGCUUGGGAAGAAAUCCUUCUGCAAAUGGAUUCACGGCUGACAAAAUUUGUGCAAGUAUGAAUCAUUUCAAUUUAUUGGCUUAUUUUAUUAGGCUUGUAGUUGAACCAGUUUUUUGUAUUUUGAAAAGCAGCAAAAAUAAACAUUGUUGAACAUUGCUAAAUUAAAAAUAUAUUCACAGCUACUAUAAUGUAGAAAAAGAUUGUUAAUUUAAAGGUAGCAGAUUCAAAGCUUAAAGGGACUCUACAGAAUAUUGCUUUUUAUCAAUUUGGGUGUGCAGUAUGUUUUCGUGAUAUUAUCCUUUUAAGCUCUGGUACUGUAUGUAAAUAUUGUAUAUAAUGUUUUUGCAAUAUUUUGUUCUGCAUUUUCUUCUUACGGUACACAGCUAUUUAAAUUUGUCUAAUUGUUAGAAGACAUUUGUCUGAUGACUAAGUAUUACGGUUACAUUGUCAUCUGUUUUACUAGAUAAAGAAUGCAGUAAAACAUUUAAACGCUUAUCUGAUUCUCAGCACUGGAUCUCUUCAACUGAUGUCGGCAUGCGCAUUAGGCUUUCCCCAUAGGAAAGUAUUGACGCAAUGCUUUCCCAUGGGGUUUUGCAAGACACCUGACGUCCUCAUGGACAGCGUGAGGCUGUCCUGCGCCAUUUCACCGAGUUAAACUCCAUGAAAUUGCAGGGAGCGCCCUCUAGUGGCUGUUUGGGAGAGGGACAAUUUUUGUUUUGAUUCCUGUAGUAUACCUUUUUAAGGCAAGCGCCACUAUCAGAGGAAUGCCUUAAGCACCACCCUCUGUCAAGAUUGUCAAGCGUAGGAAAAACAUAAAACAAAGUAGUCUUAUGGUGAUCUAGACCAGAAAAGAACAGAUUCUGAAAGUUUGAAGUUAGAGCAACUUUAAAGGUUGAACCUGAUUGACUUGAGUUUUUGUUUUCAACCUAGAUUACUAUGUAACUAUGAUGAGUAACAUGGCAGAUUUGUUGUUGUUGUUAGAUUAUAUUUUAUUAAUGAUCAUGUUCACAGUCUCAUGCAAGGGUGCCUUGUCCUGCCCUUCCAGCUUUUUUUUGGAUACAUGUUCAGUAGAGUUGCUGAAUUAUAAAAAAAAAAAAAAAAACACCUGAGUGUCCCCAGUUGGAUACCUUUAUUUUUGGCAUCUAUAUUUGAAUGAUUGCAGAUGUCAAAAUGAUUAAUUUACUUCCUUGUUUUAGGAAAAAAAUACUACCACUUCAGUACAAGAUGAAUUCAUGCAGCUACUCUUGUGGGGUAAAGCAAGGUACUUUUUAUAUUACAGUAACAUGAUUGCGUUUAAACGAGUUGGCAUAAGAGAACCAGUUAAAUAGGAUAUUUAAAUUUAAUUAUUGUCCAUCUUUAUUCUGUUGAUAUUGUUCGAAAUUUAGGUGGCGUAUGUGAACACAUACCCAGGCUAGAAGUCUUUCAGUUUGAUGGUCUGAAAAACGUGCAUCUUCGUGUUCCCUAGCUACGUUCGACUGUAACUUUUCAUUAGGAGAAAAAUAAUAUUUUAUAUAUAUAAAAAAACCUCUGAUUAUCCUGAUCUGUUGAUGACUUUUUAUUGGCCGCUGCUAAGGUGUUGGAAUAAAAGAAUAUAUUUUGUAAAGCAUUUGCUGAUGCAGCAGUACUGAUGUACCUCCUUCUUAGCGAGAUGCAAUAACAUUCUCUUAUGGAUUCUGAAGAAAAUAUUAUUUUAAGUAUUUUUAAUUAAUUUUUUUUAUUUUUUAUUAUAUUUUAGUCCUGAGCUCCAAGCUUUACUGAUGACCCAGCUAACUGUUAAAGUAAGUGGUGAUUCCAAGUUACCGUCCUGUGUGCUUUGUGUGGUGGAGGCCAAUGCUUUAUAUAUUAACAGAAUGUUUUUAUAUUGUUAGGGAUUGAAGAAACUUGGACAAUCUGUUGAGUCAUCAUAUUCCACUAUACAGAGACUAGUUAUAUGUCACUUGCAAAGGUAAAUUCACAGUGUGCCUGUUAGAUAACUCUGAUUUGUAUUCUAAACUAGAGGUGGGAAUAUGUUCUUAUGUAAGGCAAAAUAGUUUUGAAAUUUACUAAACACUGAACUUUAUUGAAUUGAAAAUCUUUUUAUUUUUUUAUUUUUAGAUCUGGUCUAAUAUUUGAGUAACCCAACAAGUCUCAUUUUAAUAAAUAACCUGGUCAAUAUAAAGCAAUAGUUGCUGAAGGUGAUGAGUUAGUAACAGCUAGACAGUGUUAGCUACCUACAAUAUAUUUAAGUAGAUGUAAUUAAAACUAUUAAAUUACUAAGAGAGGGGGGAAAAAAAAACUCCCAAGCUGUGUGCCCAACAAUGCUCUGUCAACAUGCCAGGGGCACAGUGCUGGCCAUUGUUCAUUCUGCCUCCCACUAAUAUUGGCUAAAAGCUUUCAUUGCCUAUUCAUUACUAGCCCUCUGUAAUAGGUAUACUUCUCUUGACCCUGUUGAAUUCGUAUCAUCUUACCCUGCACGUCAUAUUAUUAAUAUAGUGCUGACAGACUGCUUUUCUUCAUACAUAGUGGAGCUGAAGCUUUGCUGUACCAUCUAAGUGAACUGAAAGGUAUGGCUUUAUGGAGACAGAAGUAUGAGCCCCUUGGACUUGAUGCCAAAGCAAUUGAAGGUUUGUUGAACAGAAUUGUAAUGAUCUGUUUCGUUGUUGUGUUUUUUUUUUAUGUAUGCGUAUGUCUAUAAAUAUCAGUUUAGGAAAUAUGCAAGCCAAAAAAAAAGAAAUAAUAAACAAAUGUUAGUAGCAAACUUUUGGUUAGUUAUUAUAUUGUACAAAUAAUAGAUUAGUUGUCUGCAAACAGAUUAAACAAAUAUAUCUAGAUAUUUUACUAUUGUGUAAAGUACUUGGGUAGACUGAAGCUCUUGAAAUUCUCAAACCUUGUGAUCUUUUGUGUGUAUGUUUUGUUUGUCUGCUGAUUGGUUUCUGUGUAAACUCAUUUCUUUCCAGGUGCCAUAACAGCUGUUGGAUCCUUCAUUUUGAAAGCAAAUGAGCUUCUCCAGUAAGCAUGUUUCUGUUGGCUAUACAUCUGGUAGAGUUUAAAAAACAAUGUAUUCUGUGAAAAUCAUGAUAUUGAGAUGAUUACUGAUAAACAUGUGCCCUGUUGCACUGCUUUUCGUGUUAUGAAUACUCAACCUUCCAGGUACUUAUAUGUAGUGAGUUUUCUUGCCCUGUCUGCUCAGACUUGCAAGUCUCCGUCCUUCACCUAACAGGAGAUUGCUGUGUGCCCACACACCUAAUACUGUACUUUGUCCUGUUCAGUGCACAACAGUCUAAGGAGUGAACAGUACUCUGUGUGGGUGUGUGUAUUAGCAAAGCUUCCAUGUGAUGCUAAAGGGAAGAGGCUGGAAUCGGAGCUCCACAGAUUAAAGGAACAAUCCAAUCACUAUAACCCAGGGUGCCAUACGACCGUAAGAUGCCAAACCAAUUUCAUACGGUUUGGAAAAUUUAUUGGUUUCCAUUGGGCACCCACCUUUGUCUGCUACAAAGAAACCAGAUGUCUCUAUAGGAAAAUCAUGGCAACAGGUGCGCAAUGACCCAGAUAAGUUAUCAAACCAAAUUAAAAUGGAGUGAUCUUACCAUUAAAGGGAACUGUAAUGGUUUUGGUGCUUGGGUAGUGUUCCUUUAAGACAAUGCAGUUACAACUUAAUAGUAAUAUAACCAUUGCAAUACUCUGUAGUUGUUAUGGCGCUGAAUUAAACCACACUGAAGACUUUGAAGAUCAACGAUGGUGACUUCACCACUUGGUGUGCAGUAGCACAGGGGUACACGGUGCAGGAGAGUUAUACUUGUCCCCACUAUCUUCAAUCGAUCAUUGAUGCUGACAGCUGGUGGAAGUGACCACUUAAUUCCACUAAAUAGGCCUUUUGUCAAGUUUUUUUCAGGCAAAAGUUUUAUCAUAGGAAACAUAGAAUUUGAUGGCAGAUAAGAACCAUUCGGUCCAUCUAGGAUAGCCUUAUGCCUAUCCCACGCAUGCUUAAACUCCUUCACUGUGUUAACCUCUACCACUUCAGCUGGAAAGCUAUUCCAUGCAUCCACUACCCUCUUAGUAAAGUAAUACUUCCUGAUAUUAUUUUUAAACCUUUGCCCCUCUAAUUUAAGACUAUGUCCUCUUGUUGUGGUAGUUUUUCUUCUUUUAAAUAUAGUUUCCUCCUUAACUGUGUUGAUUCCCUGUAUGUAUUUAAAUGUUUGUACCAUAUCCCGCCUGUCUCAUUUUUCCUCCAAGUUAUACAUGUUAAGAUCCUUUAACCUUUCCUGGUAAGUUUUAUCCCGCAAUCCAUGAACCAGUUUAGUAGCCCUUCUCUGAACCCUCUCUAAGUUAUCAAUAUCCUUCUGAAGAUACGGUCUCCAGUACUGUGUACAAUACUCCAAGUGAGGUCUCACCAGUGUUCUGUACAAUGGCAUGAGCACUUCCCUCUUUCUACUGCUAAUACCUCUCCCUAUACAACCAAGCAUUCUGCUAGCAUUUCCUGCUGCUCUAUUACAUUGUCUGCCUACCUUUAAGUCAUCAGAAAUAAUCACCCCUAAAUCCCUUUCCUCAUAUGUUGAGGUUAGGACUCUAUCAAAUAUUCUGUACUCUGCCCUUGGGUUUUUACGUCCAAGAUGCAUUAUCUUGCACUUAUCCACAUUAAAUGUCAGUUGCCACAAUUCUGACCAUUUUUCUAGUUUACCUAAAUCAUUUGCCAUUUGGCUUAUCCCUCCUGGAACAUCAACCCUGUUACAUAUCUUAGUAUUAUCAGCAAAAAGACAUACCUUACCAUCAAGACCUUCUGCAAUAUCACUAAUAAAAAUAUUAAAAAGAAUGGGUCCAAGUACAGAUCCCUGAGGUACCCCACUGGUGACAAGUCCAAGCUUCGAAUAUAUUCCAUUGACUACAAUCCUCUGUUGCCUGUCACUCAGCCACUGCCUUACCCAUUCAACAAUAUUGGAAUCCAAACUUAAAGAUUGCAGUUUAUUGAUAAGCCUUCUAUGUGUAACAGUGUCAAAAGCCUUACUGAAAUCUAGGUAAGGACAAAGUAGUCCAUACGUUGUCUUAUGAUAACUUUGGUUAAGUUGGAAAUUCUAGUACAGUCUUCAUGACCCUUCUUUUUUUUUUUUUCUUUUUUUUAUAAAUGUUAUGUUUAUGAAAACAUUUUUGCGGGUGUGACAGAGUCCCUUUAAUAGGAAAUCUAGGGCUUGUUCUAUUAGAUGCAUUUACUCUAUCUCUACUUCUAUCAUUUUUUUCAUUUAGUUUAUUUUUUUCUUAUAGUUUAUUUUUCUUUCCUUCUUAAAAGGGACACUCCACUGCCCAAAUACAAAAUAAAUAAAAAUCAACUUGCAUGCAUUUAAUAAUGUAAUUUUUUAUUGGUGCAUAUCUAAACACAGCUAGCAAAAAAUGUAGUUCUCUUUUCUGCUGCUUUUGUAAGCCCUCCUCUUCUAACCCCACCCAGACUUUCUGUGGCUGUCCAAUGGCAGACUUACCAAUGCAGCUCAGUGAGAAGUCUUUGCAAAGCAGGUGCUCUGGGAAAUUACUGCCUCUUGAGUUUAGUACAAAUAAGUCAACCAAACCAGGAAGUAAUAUUAUCUGUUGCCUGCUUGAAAAGCCAGGGGGUGUAACCAGGUUAAUUCAUAACCGUGUCAAUUUCUAUUGAGGUCUGCACGAUUUCCCAAAAAAAAAAAAAAGGAUACGCUUUAUGUACACACAAAGCUUUUCAGGAAUCAAAAGUGCUUUAGAGGUCUGGAGUGUCCCUUUAACCCAGUAAUAACUAGCCACAGAUGUUUUAUCUAUAUUUCUCAAGAUGCCCAGACAACCUUCUAUGUAUGUGUGAUGUGUAUGUGUCUUCAUUUUAUACUUUUUAUGCACACAGGUGUGUGCACCUUUUAUGAAUUAAAAUAAGCAUAUAUCAUGUACACAUUCUGUAUAAUAUGUAAGUUCAACAUUAGAUCACUUACCAGAUGUAACCGUGUAAUCUGUGCACUGCAUAUAAACAUUUCUUAGAUCAAUUUUUCACCUUUUGUUACGUUUUUCUUUUUGUUUAGAGUUAUAGACAGUGGAAUGAAAAACUUUAAGGCUUUCUUCCGAUGGCUCUAUGUCGGUAUGUAAAGCUGUCUCUCCACAAUUAAGAGUACAAAAUCAACAGUAUAUAAAAUCUUGUUAUAUUAUAUACAAAAUACUCUCCUCCUCCAUGUUAAUUAACAUUGUAAUUAUAGGACAGUAUAGAAGUAGCAUUCUAUAAUUGUGGAUUAUUCCCUGAUGUUUGCUGUUUGAACUUAUUCAUCUCAUUUGACUGAUAAGUUAGUCUUAGAAGGCGAAUCACAACAUCAGGAGGGCUGAGUUUAAUUGUUGAGCAAUAUUCAGACAAUGCCUGAAAGGAAAAGUUUGAGUCUUGUGUAGCAUUCGUGAGCAAGAGUUGAUAUUGUUCGCCACAUAUCUUGUAUCUGCUCUUGAGGCAACAUAUUUUUCUCUUUUUUGUUAUAUUAAUGGGCACGGCUCAGAAUUUCCACUUGGCCAUGGAAAAUGUAGUCCUGGCAAGUCAAAAUUCACUCCUGGUAAAUAUGCCACGGACUCUCCAGGCUUGCAGCGGCAAGUAACUUUUAAAGCUUGGCUAGCAGCUUAGGAAUUUAAAUUUUAAGUCCUGUUAAUGUGCGUUUGGAGUUCAGUGGCACAGGGAACAUAUAAGAACUGGUAUUAAAAAAAAUUAAUAAUUUUGCUUAGUUUGUAGCACUUCUAAACCAUGUGUUGUGUGAGAUGUCCCACAGGUUUACAAUCUACACAUGGUAACGACAUUUAAGACAGAAGGUAGAAAGGCGUAUUGUAAAAUGCUGAUUGUAGUGAGAUAGAGGUCACUAUUUAUAUAGAGGUUUCUAAGUCUACUUGCUUGAAAAGGCAAUCGCUAGGAGAUGUCUGAGUGAGGUUGCAUGCAUUUUAUCACAAAUGUGUUAAAUAUUAUAAUUUUUUUCAACUAGUGGAAUAUUUUUUUUUUUCAACGCCAUAACCUAUAAUUAUAUAUAUAUAUAUAUAUAUAUAUAUAUAUAUAUAUAUAUAUAUAUAUAUAUAUAUAUAUAUAUAUAUAUAUAUAUAUAUAUAUAUAUAUUUAUUAUUUUUUUAUUUUUUUUUUAAAGCUAUGUUACGAAUGUCAGAGGAUCACGUGCUUCCUGAACUAAACAAGGUAGGUUAACUCAUUUUAAGAACUCACUUAUCUAAUCUUUGUUUUGUUUUUUCUUUGUAAAGGUCUCUCCAAAACAUAAGUUUUUAUUCUUAGUGAACUAUAUGAAAUAAUUUCAUUUUUCUUUGCGUCUUUGCUUUAGAUGACUCAGAAAGACAUUACAUUUGUGGCAGAUUUUUUAACGGAGCACUUUAAUGAGGUAGGUUUUACUACUUUAAGUAUAUUGAACUUUUAUGUUAUUUUCAAUCGACUUUAAUCUUUUUUUUUUUAAAUACCUUUUUAAUAGUAUGUUACACAUUUCCCAAGUUAUUUGUGAUAUCACGUUUUAUUAGUUUUUUUAUAAGGGUAAAACAAUAAUGAAAACAGUAUACAUUCUUAUACAGCAGUUAUAAAGAAUGAAAAAUAGAAAAUACAAUAUACAGAGGUACUGAAUCACAUUGACAGUGCACCAAGAAUAUCCAUCGUCUAAAUUUGAGACAAGGACAGAGAGGCCAGAGAUUAUGAGCAGAUAGCCAAGCUCUCAAAUAUUUGUCUCUGGUUUUCAUUUUCCAUGGUUCUAAAAGUUUGUAACUCAUUUUCAAGUAUUAACUUCUAGGUUGUGCUGUAAAGGAGAACCAUCACAAACAAUGAUCGUUGUGUAUAUGUCAGGGUUCAACAUUUCCACUAGACAUUGGUGAGUGAAAUUUCACCCUCUGUCCAGAUGAAAUAUUAAUAGCAAAGUAUUUAACCAGGAAAGGUACAUCCAAAUGAUUCUGGAUUCUAAGUACGUCCUAGGAAUGUUACUUUUUCCUAACAUCCAAUGGAUGUUGCUAUUACCCAAUUUGAUUGUAGUCCUACAACUGUUUCAAUGGAUCCCCAAUUGUACGGAGUGCUGUAAGAAAGCAGAAGCUAUUGUAACAGUGACCACAUGGCUGAUAUCUGUUGGCCUCACAAGUGGGUUUACAUAGAAACAUAGAAUGUGACGGCAGAUGAGAACCAUUCGGCCCAUCUAGUCUGCCCAAAAAGAAAUUGUUUCACUAUUUUAGUUACUAUUGUGUAAUCUUACUUGUAUUGGGUGAUACCUGGAUCUCAUAGGUGCAGGGAUUUUAUUCUGCUCACACCUAAACUGAAGGAUGUCCCAUGCUGUCCCAAAGGAAUCCAAUAUUUCUAGGAUGGUAUGGAAGGUCCUAAUGGGCUUCAAACUAAAUUGACAUGGCCCGGCCAUUUUCUUGUUUGGUUCCCUUUAAGCUUUGAUUACUGUAAAGGUUUUUUCAGGUAACAGAACUGUUUCAUUUGGACUUUGAUUUUUCCAUUGUUUUAUGUUUUGUUUUUUUGUCUUCGUUUAAUGUUUUGGUUUUCUGCCAUUGGAACUUUUCCCUUUAUAAAAGUAUUGACGUCUUGCUGGCACACUGCUAAACAGACACCUGCUCUGACCUUCCAGAGACUAUAAAUUCCACGACAUUUAAAUGCCAGGACUAGAUUACUUUAUUCCACUGCAGCUAUAUAAAUUAAAACAUCAAUUUACCUGCAGCUUGAAGAGAUCUUUAUCCUAGAUUUGGCAUACGGUUAUGCAUUAUCAAUAGAACUGUCAUAACUGUCAGCAAAUUUAUACAUUAAAAAAUUCUGUUUACUAAAGUAAGAAUUGUCAGGAAUUAAAAGUGAAUUUCACAUUUUAAGCAAAAAAGCCCAAAUAGAAGCAUAGGUGACUUGGGUAAUUCUUCCAAUUCUGGACUAUUUUGGACUUAAAUUUGAAAUUCUGAUCCAAAAAAAAUCCAGUUCUCACUUUAUUGAAUAACCCUGCAUGCAUACAGCAUAAAAGUUUACAUUACAAUUUAGACUUGUUCACAGAUCAUGUCUGCUUCCUCUAAGAUUGCUGCUGGAAAUGGAUGAAUGUGGCAUGUAAAGCCAACCCCCCCACUCCUAUGUCACAGCUCAUAUACAGUUUAGGGGCUUAUUGUAACCCAUAUCAGACAUUUUAACAGAUGUGUUUGCCGUUUCCUGGUGUGGUUGUAUUUGGCAUACAAGGCUUCAUAGUCAAAUAACCUUCUACAUUUACUAGUUGUCUGCCAAGCACAAUCUAUAGCACCACAAAAAGGGAAUCUGACACUCUUGUCCUUUCUAAGUUCCUUUAAAUGCUGCUGUGAUUUGUUUGAGUGAUCACUCUGAUUUUCUAUAUCAAAUGCCUUAUUACUCACUCUUCAAUCACUUCAUUCAUUUACUAACUUCAGUUUAAAUACCUCUUAAAGACCAAGACUAUUCAUGUGUAAUCCUGUUUUUGUUGCAGGCACCCGACUUGUAUAAUCAGAAAGGCAAAUAUUUCAAUGUAGAACGCGUUGGUCAGGUAAAGUAUCAAUGUUUCUAAACGCAGUGAUUCAUAUCUUUUGCAAUUGUAUAUACUGUAUUUCAGGGAAUGUAAAUAGUAACCUUAACAAUGUUAUUUCCUUAUUGCUUACUUUAUUAGAAAUCACACUUCUCUUUACUAGAAAGAUCAAAAUAACCAGACUCUCAUUAAACCUAAAUAUAUAUGUGCCAACGCACAUUUUUUAAGGUUUAAUCUGCACUUGACUUAACGCGCCAUAUAUCUUACUUGAGACACAACUGUGGCAAGAGAGGUAUGCAGCUUCUGUCUGCAAAUAAUGGUUGUGUGUAAAAAGUGUUUUAUAGGUUAAUAAUGUAAUAAUGUAUAGGGUAGAAGCCACAUGUUUCCUCUGCCACAGGAUUGUCCUACACUAGCCACAAUGUAUCAUCACUGAAAUAGAUCAGCAUGAUUCUUAGUUUUUACAUUACUUUAGUUAAUAACGGUAUUAGCUCCCUGAUAACUAUGACCACAGUAUUCGUAUCUCUGUGACUUUAAAACGAUUUUAAUAAUAAUAAUAAAAAAAACAAAAAAAAAACAGAUAACAGAAGCUUGGGCUCCGCUACAAUAUUUUUGUGCUACUUGUAAUAUAAAUAAACAAUAUGAGAAAACAUACAAUGAAAAUUAUCAGUAGAUAUAUAUCUAUACCAGCAAAAGUCCACAACAAUAGUUCUUAGAUGGAUGAUACCCUUUAAGGUAACAGAUAAGGUCAAGUGAUAAAAUUCUAGAUGAGGCGGAAGCAGUCCUUCAGAAGUAUACAAACUCUUAAAAUCCCUUGGUGUAUAGCAGAAUGUAAAAUGCCAAGAAGCAGAAAACACAAAAAUGGUGCAAUAAAGUAAUGUAACCAAGGUGGAUAAAAUAAGAUAACAAUUGGUUACUUACAAUUUGUAGACCUAUGACCAGCUCUAGUGUAUUGGGCUUCAGUGGUAUAAUCCCCACGUAUAGGAUACGGUAGAGCAGGGCUUGACAAAUUUGUUUGGAAUCUAGGAGCCAGCUAAAAAGUUACUAGCCAGUUUUUUUUUUUUUGGUUUUUAAAGGGACACUAUAGUUACCAGAACCACUACAGCUUAAUGUAGUGGUUCUGGUGCCUAUAGCCUGCUCCUGUAGCCUUUUCAGUGAAAAGGCGGUGUUUACAUUGCUAGAAAUACAAAACAAUAGGGUGCGCCAAGGGACUGGGGACAAGAAUGAUCACAGAUAAAACUAAUAAAAUGAAACGGAAUACACAUUGACCUAUGGUAGUAAAAGGUUGUGUAUCUAAAAGGAACAAGCACAAAGUCCAAGAUAAAAUACAAUAAUAUGGAUAAGUCUGUAAGGGUUUGCCUGUAUCUUUAGGUUAGUGUACCUUCCAGAUGUUCAAAAUCCAGGAACAUAAAAGAGAGAAGAAAAGAACUCCAAUGAUGCAAUAUGUACAGAAUAAGGUAAAAACUUGAAUAAAAAGAAGUCCAAAUGACCUACUCACAUGGAAUAGAGCUAAAACCAGCUCUAGUAUAAAGCGCUUGCAGUGGUUAUGAUCCCCCACUUCAGGGAUAUUGAUGGAAGAUAUUAAUCAGCGGAUGUCUCAACAGCAGGAUAUGUGAAAAUAAAAAAGCGCAACAAUAGUGCUCUCUAUAUAAAAAUGUAAAAUUAGGAGUAAAAAUAAAUAGGUUAUACUCACAUUUAACUGAGCAGAUAACCCGCUCAGUGUAAUCAGCAUAGGUGGUAUAAUCUCCACCUGGGAUAUUAUUAUUAUUAUUAUUGCCAUUUAUAUAGCGCCAACAGAUUCCGUAGCGCUUUACAAUAUUAUUAGAGGGGGGAUUUAACUAUAAAUAGGACAAUUACAAGAAAACGAUAGUUUGAAGAGGGCCCUGCUCAAACAAGCUUACAGUCUAUAGGAGGUGGGGUAUAAAUCACAUUAGGACAGGAAAGGGCAAUCAAAUUAUGUGGGAGUGAAGCAGAGCUGGAGGAGAGAGUAGAGUGCUGCCCUUUAGGAGAGACCAAGAGACAGGUAUGUGAGGUAGAGGUUAGUCUGGGAGGCCAUAGGCUUUCCUAAAGAAAUGGGUUUUAAGGCACUUCUUAAACGAUUAAAGACUAGGGGAGAGUCUGAUGGCGGUAGGCAGGCUAUUCCAUAGUAAGGGAGCUGCCCGCGAGAAGUCCUGCAAGCACGAGUUGGCCGUACGGGUACGAGCAGCGGACAGAAGAAGGUCACGGGCAGAGCGGAGAGAACGAGAAGAGGCAUACCUAUGGAUCUGUGAGGAGAUAUAAGAGGGGAUACUAUUAUUCAGUGCUUUAUAAGUAUGGGUUAGUACUUUGAAUUGACUCCUAUAGGAUACAGGAAGCCAAUGUAAGGACUGACAGAGGGGUGAGGUGUGGGAGGACCGACUAGAAAGGAAAACCAGUCUAGCGGCAGCAUUCGUUACAGACUGUAGCGGAGCAAUACGGCUAUUGGGAAGACCAAUUAGGAGAGAGUUACAAUGGUCCAUGCGAGAGAUUACUAGAGCAUGGACAAGCUCUUUAGUAGCAUCUUGUGUAAGAAAGGGGCGGAUGCGGGCGAUGUUUUUAAGCGGAAGGCUCAAAGGUUAGGCCAGAAUCAAAAGUAACACCAAGACAAUGUGCUUGUAAGGAUGGGCUGAUACGGGUACCACCAAUCUGAAGGCAGAGCAAGAGAGGAGGAUUAAUAUUAGGAGGAGGAAAGACAAGAAGUUCUGUUUUGGAAAGAUUCAGUUUCAGAAAGCGGGAGGACAUCCAAUCAGAGAUAGAAGAAAGGCAAGAGGUGACACGUUGCAGGACAUCAGGGGAGAGGUCCAGGGAGGAGAGAUAUAUCUGGGUGUCAUCUGCUUACAGGUGGUAUUGGAAUCCAAAAGAGGUAAUAAGUUUGCCAAGAGAGGCAGUGUAAAGAGCAAAUAGAAGGAUACCAAGGUGAUUGAAGAGUUUGGAGAAGGAGAACAUGAUCAACGAUGUCAAAAGCAGCAGAGAGGUCAAGAAGAAUUAGUAUGGAGUAGUGACCUGUAUUUAGCUGCGAUAAUGUUGAGUGACUUUGAUAAGGGCAGUCUCAGUAGAGUGGAGGGGGCGGAAGCUGGACUGAAGAGGGUCAAGGAGAGAGUUGGAAUUGAGGAGGCAGGCCAGAUGGGUAAAAAGUAGUCUUUCAAGAAGCUUUGAGGAAAAAAGGGAGCAGGGAUAUAGGACGAUAAUUAGAAUUGGAGGAUAGGUCGAGACAUGUUUUUUUUUUUUAACCCCCUUAAGGACCAAACUUCUGGAAUAAAAGGGAAUCAUGACAUGUCACGUGUCCUUAAGGGGUUAAGAUGGGUACUACAGUAGCAUGUUUAAGGACAGCAGGAACAGUGCCAGAAGAAAGAGGGGCGUAUUCUCCGCGAGGUGCGUAUUUGGGCCUGAGACGAGGUGCGUCAAGGGCUGAGAUGAGGGUAUAGUUAUAUGAGGAGAUAGCCAGUGAGGGUCAUGAGUAAGCAGGAAUGGAUAAUAGUUGGUAAUCGAUAUCAGCUGACAGCUGCUGGAGAUUUAUAGAACUCAGAUUCCUUCUGAGUUGAGGGGAGUUAGGCUGAGGUUGUUGGGGCCAUUGAGAGUAAAUGACAGGAAAUGAUGAUCUGAGAGAGGAAAUGGAGAGCAGAAACCAUACACCACCACCUUUAUUUUCAGAGUUUCUUGGGUUGUGGGAAAAUUGAAGACCACCAAAGGAUAAAGAGGCAGGGGUAGCAGUGUCAGAGGGAGAGAGACAUGUUUCAGUUAAUGCUAGUGAUUGUAGGGAUACUUUGUGAGGUUUUCACUUAGAUUUCUAAGUGUACAUUUUCUGAUCAAUCAAGUGACCAAGUAGUUCUAACCAUUAGACUGUAUAUUCCUUAAUGAAAAUGCAGAUGGGACUUCUUUUUAUUCAAGUUUUUAGAACCCGGAAACUUACUUCCAUUGCUCCCAGGUCCAGUUUUGAUGUUCACAUCCACAUUGAAGGUGCUUUUAGCGGUUGACAGGGGUCAUGAUGGGCACUCUGACCGGUCUUCAGCUACACAGCCCCAUACGCAACAAAUUGCAAUGCGCUGUGUGUUCUGACACCUUUCCAUCAUGAUCAGCAUUAAGCUUUUGAUCAAUCUGAGCUACAACCACUGCAUACUGGGGACACCCGACAAGGCUUGCUGUUUUGGAGAUGUUCUCAUCCAGUUGUCUAGCCAUCACUAUUUGGCCCUUUUUACUUGCCUAUUUUUCCUCCAUCCAACACAAAUAAAAUCAAUAACUGACUGUCCAUUUGCUGCCUAAUAUAUUGCACCCCUUGACAGGUGCCAUUGUAAUAAUAUAAUGAAAGUUAUUCAUUUCACCCGGUCGUGGUUUUAAUGUUAUGGCUGAUCAGUCUAUAUGUGUAGAUAGAAACAACUGCUUAGCCAGUCGAAAGUUAUGUUUAUUGUUCUUGGCUAGCUGCGGUAUCUAUCUCUCUCUGUCCUGAAAAGCAAUCAGUUUUGCCAACAAUUCAAACUGCACUGACAAAAAUAAAGCUUACAGACAUCAAAGAACUAUUUUAUGUGAACACGCUUAAUUAACGUAAUUGCAUAAUCCAAUAUAAGUAAUUCCCGCUGCAGUAAACAUUGACCUUAGUCUGAGGUGUAUCAGUAGAAAAUAAACACCAUAAUAAUAUUUUUGGCUCUUGGACUGAAUUAUAGCAAUAUAAAAUCUAGUUUCAAAGAAAUAUAGGCCAUUAGAAGAACUUUUAUAGCCUUAUUCUCUUGUUAACAUGCACAAAGGCAUAAAAUACAUAAGUAUGAAAAAAAUAAAUUUUAAAAAGCCCCCUUACAAUGUCAGUGAACAUUUAAAGGGACACUCCAGGCACCCAGACCACUUCUGCCCAUUGCAGUGGUCUGGGUGCCAACUCCCACUACUCUUAACCCUGCAAGUGUAAUUAUUGCAGUUUUUUUAUAAACUGCAAUAAUUACCUUGCAGGGUUAACUCCACCUCUAGUGGCUGUCUACUAGACAGCCACUAGAGGGCACUUCCUGGAUCAUAGCACAGAUUAUCUGGACGCUGGAUGUCCUCACGCUAUGUGAGGACCUCCAGCAUCGCUCAAUUCCCCAUAGGAAAGCAUUGAAAAGCAUUUUCAAUGCUUUCCUAUGGGGAGCUCUAAUGCACAUGCGCGGCAUUGCAGUGCAUGUGCAUUAGGUCUCCCCAGCCGGUGGGCGGGAUCAGUCUCGCCCACUGGCCGACGUAAUGCAGAGGAGGAGCGCCGGAGGAAGAAGCAGCGACGUGGGACAUGUCGCUGCCUCUGGUAAGUUACUGAAGGGGUUUUCACCCCUUCAGCAACCAGGGAUUAGGGGGUGGGAGGGAGAGGGGACCUGCAGUGCCAGGAAAACAGGUUGUUUUCCUGGCACUGGAGUUUCCCUUUAACCUUCUUAAUUUGCCACUUAAAUUAUGUAAACUAUUCCUGCCUUGAAAAGUCAGCAAUAUGUUUUUUUGUUUUUUUUCAAACUCCAACUAUUUCUGUAUAAGUAGUUUAGGGUGCAUGCAUAUGGUAGUUGUAGUAGCUCUAAAAUCCGUAUAUAACAAAUGUAUACAAGCUUCCAUAGGGUUUAUCGUCUAAACCAGGAAAUGCAUUUGCAAGUUACGUUGCCCCAAAAAUAUUACUUCGUCAUUGGCAUAACUUUGUCCUGAUGUUAAUUAAUAAAAGGUUCAGGUAGAGUGAAAUCACUUCAUAGGAAACCACAGAAAGUGCAUCGCCAUUUGCUAUUUACUAAAUGGCAUUGCGGUUUUACAGGCUGAUAUAUACUGCACCUGGUGACCAUAGUCCAGGGGUGCCCAAAAGGUAGAUCUCCAGAUGUUGUAAACUACAACUUCCAUGAUGUUUUGACAUUCUAAAGGCAUGCUAAGCGUCAUGGGAGUGGUAGUUUUACAACAUCUGGUGAUCUACCACUUGGGCAUCCCGGCCCUUGUCUAAUGACUUCCUUCUGUGCAGUAGCAGAGAGCAGCACGAUGUCCUCCUUUUUUAUUUUUUUUUCCUGUGCAACGUAAAGUGACACUGAAAUGAUAGAUUAAAACAUGCUGGAGUCUGUGAGUCUCCAGCAUGCAACAUUUUAAGAAUCAGAUCACUUUGAUAACAAAUAACUUUAAAAAAGCCUUUUAUCAGUCUGUCCCCUCUUUGCAUAAUGGGUUGGUUCCCGAAGAUGGUAAUUCUACUUUCUUCUGUAUGAUGGACUGUUGGGUAAAGGAUAAUUUAAUAAGAAAUGCCCAGUCUCCUGGCCCUUUGGUUACUAUGUUAUAUCCCAUGUGCAGAGAUCUUUUCAAAAGUUUUAUUGAAAGUUUUAAAUACAAAAAUAUCACCAAACGAUAAUAUUAAUAAUAAUUUCAAACAAACAAGAAAAUGGGGAAAUACACAAGUGAUAUUAAUUACCCAAUACUAUUUAAAAAUGAAAAAUUCUAAAUAAUUUAAAGAAAUUGUACAAUAAUACGUAUCGCUGUACCACUGGUAGUGCAUUAUUUAGCACAGAUCUGACAUUAGCCAAUGUCGUUCUUAUUUUGAUGCUGGGGGUGGAGAUAAAUAUAGGCUAGCAAAGGACUUUAUUUGUGUAUGUGCAGUUUUUCAUAUCACAGAAGUGGUCAUGGUGCUUGGAGUAACCCUUCAAUAGCCAAUAGAUGCAAAGUCUCCUGGACCUGUAGGGCAAAAAGGGUUAAGGAAUUCCAAAUUUCCAGGCCUUGAAAAGGUUAACUCUCAAUGACUGACAGAUUCUAACUUGUUUCUUUUUUUUUUAUUAUUUGCUGUAUUUAUUGCUGCAUACAGCAACACUGUGUCGAUGUUAGCUGUAAUGUAAAGCCUUACGUGAAGUUAUGCAGGGAAAAUACCCUGAAUGACAUAGUAACACCUUUAUUUGGCUAGAUCAGCUUAACCCACAACUAAUAAACAGAGCUGAUCAUCUGCUUAAAGUAGUUUGUUUGUUUGCUUUUUUUUUUUAAUAGUAUAUGUUCCUUACAGUUUGUAUUCUCAUAAUUAUUCUUGCAAAUUACUUCAUUUUAAGCCAUCACCACUAGACCUGACUACCUAUUCCUCUUAUCCCUGUUCUCAUGACAAGUUACUGUAAUGUUAUUAUAAUUUCCCCAGUACAAUAUGUUUUCUAGUAUUUCACUCCGUGCGUUCUUCUUGUUACAAAUUGCUUGUAACACCUUGUGUAAUGUAUUUUCAUGGUAUAUUGCCUGAGAAUGAGAAGUGGGCCAAAGUAGGCUUUUAAAUAUGUUCAUAAGGGGUACAUACACUCUGGCAAUUACGUCUCCUAUUGCCAAGUGCACCCUUUAUGAUAACAGUCUCAUUAUGGCCUGGUACUUGAUCUCAUUUUCCAUUGUUUAAUUGUGUAAUUACAAGUUGAAAUAUCCAAGUUGAAUUCCUGUCUGCGCUCCUUCUUCAUUGAAAAUAUUUUCACACUUUUUGUGCCUGAACAAAUUUACACAAAGACCAUAAAGCUGUCUAGGCACAGAGGGUGAGUGUGGUUGUGUAAUAUGAAAGUAGAUUGGAGAAGCCGUCGUCAGGUCAGCAAAAAAAAUUAAAAUUGCAGCUGUAUAAACUUCAUUGCUAAAUGAUAAUUACAUUGGAGAAUAGUUUCUGAAAGGCAAAUUGUAGAAAACUGAAACAUGCUACAUUAAGACUACAAUAGUCCAACGGUAACUACAGCCAUUUGGUUUUCACUUCACUAUAAUUUGCAUUUACUCUAACUAAAUUGAUUAAUAGAGCUUUAAUAAAAAUGUAUUUGGCUAGGCCCAUAUGUCUUGAGGCGAACAGAAUUGGGACGUAAAGAGCACAAGCAUUCUGAGAUGUUUAUUAACCUUGCCAGGUUCUUCCUGUUUCUGCGAGUCAGCUACAGGGGUAGAGUCCAUUUGGCAAACACUGUGGUGUAACCUCAGUCGUAUAUGCUUUUUGAAAGAUUGUGCCCUAACUAGGUUCCCUCUUACUUGGUAGAUUUAUUGUCCACUGCUUCAAUCCAACCUUUUGUUGUAGCAGUCUCCCGCCUUAUGUUUGAUUUGGGCUCUCGCUGGUCCUGUCUGCACUAUUAAUAUGCGAUGUGGUUGAUAGAUAUAUAGAUAUAUAGAGAUAUAUAUGUAAUGCUAGUUUCCAGAUACUUACCUAUUAUAAGCCUUUAAUGAUGCCACGUAAUGUGGCAACAACCACCAAUGUCACUGUCUUCAAGCAUAUUGGCCACAACUAAACAAUAAUAAAGGAUGUUUUGUAAAGGUUCAUUAAACGUUACAAAUGUAGUUGGUAUAUGGACCCUGGCCAAUAAUGAAGACAUUCAGAUAACUAAAUCUUUCCCAAGCUAAGAAUAGUCCAUGUUCAAGAAAUGAUUGUGGGGGGAUUAUUUAUUAAAAAAAAAAAAAUUUCUACAGAUACUGACAUUGCAUUUGCCAGCUAGUCCGCAUGCUUUGUGUUUCAUGCUUGUGUUUUUAUCGCUCAGUAUUUGAAAGAUGAAGAUGACAGCCUGAUGUCACCACCCAGCACAGAAGGGAACCAGUGGUUUAACUUUCUCCAUAGCAGCACACACCUGAAAGGUAUGAUAUAUAUGUUGUAAUAGUGUCGCUAGGCAGGACAUCAGAUUACAGUGGUAAUUUCCAAUGAUUAGAAAGUAGCCAUGGGGUAUCUCCUCCUACAUUGUAAGAUCAUCAGAACAGGACCCUCUUCACCUCUUGUAUCUGUCAACUUUAUUGGAUCUGUAAAUGACUUACUGCUAUACAUCUCCACUGUAUAACUGUAAAUUCUCCAGAAUAUGUUGAGAACUUUUCUGUGAAACGCCCUUCCCAGUUAGACUUUCACCCAGUCUCUAUUCAUUAAAAAAAAUUGAAAACUCACUUGUUCAGGAAAGCUUAUCAAUUAGGCUGUUAACAGCUUUUCCUCCUCACACCCUGACUCCGCUCCUGCAAUUGUCAAAAUAAGCCCUAAGUGAAUACUUUUUUUAGUAACCUACUUUGUUACCCCUACUUUUACCAUUGUGUCACUAUACCCCACUCCCUCUAGCAUGUAAGUUCAUUGAGCAGGGCCCUCAACCCCUCUGUUCCUGUGUGUCCAACUUGUCUUGUUACAAUUACUUGUCUGUUAGUCCACCCAUUGUACAGCGCUACGGAAUUUGCUGGCGCUAUAUAAAUAAUAAAAUAAUAAUAUAAGUGGUAGUGAUGGUAACCUUAUCUCCAUACAGUUCGAAGCACAUGAUUGGUUUAAAUUGCCAGCAGCGAGGUAAACAGAAUAUAGAACUAGGUAGGAAAGUUGUAACACUGUUGGAGGUUUUGUUGGGCAGAUCAUGUCUUCAAUCACCUUAAUCCAUGUCAUAAUAAUAUACAGAUCACCUCCAUGCAGUCUGGGGUCCUAAUGUGAGGCACAGCAGGACAUAUAUAUUUCAAGAUUAGUGUGAUUUACACUCCCGAGUGGUACCUGCCACCAUGACAUGAUUGGGCUAGCUGCUGCUUGGAUCUGUAACCCCCACUAAUCUUAGACAGCACUGGGAUAAGUAGGUAACAAUUAUGCCUAUACAGUAAAACGUACCCAUAACCAUACCCUAGCUCAUUACAUUACACGUUAACCCUACACUUCCCUAACACAGCACAAUAUACUAACCCUGGCAUUACUCAAACACAUUACAUUAGCCCGAAACAUACACCAACACUAAACAUUAACUCCUACAGAAUGCUAGCAUUAACCCCUACAAUACCUUAACCCCAAUCUAAAAGUAUCACGCAUCGUAAAACAUACAUCUCAACUUUCAGCCUUGUGGCUUAUUAUGAUGGAUCUAUAACUCCUCAAUGGCAUUUCCUCAUAAUACAUUGUUUACUGUUGUAUAUUAUUUAUUCAAGUCUUAUCUGUACAUAUUAAAAUUAUCUGAAAAUAUGCAAAUGUUAAAGAUUUUUCUGAUUUUAUUAAAAUACCCUAAAACUGACCGGGUGCGACAGCAAUCUAUGUUGGCGUAAUUCCAUUCGUGCUGCAAAGCAACACUCCUGUAUCUUGUUCUUUUUCUGUAGACAGUCCCCUGCUGUUCCCCUACUAUCCUGAGAAAUCAUUGCACUUUGUUAAAAGGCAAAUGGAAGGCAUCAUCGACCAAUGUCUCUCAAAGCCAGCAGUAGGUUACCUUAUUUAUUUUUAACCAUUUUUAUUUAACUAUCAAGAAAGUGACGUCCAAGAUGAAUACAGUACAGUAGAGAACAUGACAUAACAACAAUGGAAGUAGGUCAUAUAACAAAUUAUAUGAGGUGGUUAAACUGGUCCUGUGCCAUACAGAGGUCUUCACUUUGGGUCCUAGUAUGUCACAAAAAAAUAGGGAUUCGGUAUAUUAAAAAUAACGUGUUGGAGUUGAUAAUAUACAUUUAUGUUAAUCACUACACUUUAAUAUUUAGUAUAAAGAUGUCAAAAUUGAAACUAAAAUAAUUUAGCUGGGAACAUUCUCUAUCUCUGCUAUAUUUAUAGUCUGACUAUUAUAGACAUAGUUUUGCAAUUCAGAUUUAAUUUGCUGAAAUUGCAAGUUUAGUGAAUAACGCUGUGUAUAGUAAGUGCAUACAAUGCAGUCAGCCAACUCUUCUUUAACAGUAGUUUGUUUAUUUUACAGGAUAUUAUUGGAAAGUCUGUGCGACAGAAGAAAUGCAUUUCAUUAUAUCAAGCCGCUAAAAGGUGAGCUAUUACUCCUGCAAUCUGUAUGUAACGAACUAACAAGCAUGCAUAUGGUCUAAUGUGUACCUUUUCUUGUCCCAUUACAGUGAGGAAUCUUGUCCAAGGCUGAUCUCACUACCAUACCUGUAAGAAAUGUUCUUAAAGGGGGUGAGGGGGGACUGUGAUUCUUGCCAUGACGUUUUACAAGUCUCAUCUUCUUAUUCAUUGUACUCUUUCAGCUGGAAUGACAAGACCCAGAAUCUACACUAUCUUAUAUUCCACAUGCUGGAGAGCUCCCCGUCUAAAUUCUUCAUUUUUAGACAGCCAACAGAUGUGACAAAGUAAGAAGCUAAAUGAACAAAUGACCACAGGGGCCAUUCUAACAAUUGUUGCCAUUUUUACUUUCAUUUGUACGCCACAACCACUAACUCUUAAUACCCCUAACCUAUGUGUACACAACUCUGGCAUAAUGCCAUUUAAAAAGGAUACAAAAAUGAUACUACAUGAGGAGACCUACUUUUAUUUACAUGCAGUAUGCCAAUAAUACACCAAAAUGUAAAGAAAGCAUUUUAAAGAUAAUGUUACUCCUAUUCUUAUCAGUGGGGGAGCUAUGCUUGUCCCAUACAGAGGUGUGUGUGUGUGUGUGUAACAAGGCAUUAUGGGAAGUGUAGUUCAUAAGUAAAAAGUAAUAUUCGUUGUGUUGUCUUGUCAGUGGUUUUCUUAUAAAUUAAACUUUUUUAGUCUAUAAAUGCAAGCAGGUGCGGCAAGGCUUUCCUAUAGAAGGAUAGACAUCUAUUAAAAAUCCGUUGAUGUUUUUACAUGGAAAAUUUGUGAACUUACUUUACCGCGAGGGUGGCAUAGAGUGGGUUUUGGGAAUAAAUUAGGAAACAUUCACUAGGGUGAAAGUGCUGCAUUCACUGCACCAAAGAAAAUUGUGCAUUUUUCAUCUUUAAUUCCUCCUAUUCAUUGCUAUCACCUUUAACUACCUAAUCAUUCACAGUUUAUGGCAUAAUUCAAGGAUAAGUCAUACUAUGAGAUUGUUUCAUUUUAGUCAUUGUCACCUCCCACGUGCCUUCUGGAUCCCAUACCUUUGCAGUCUGAUUACAAAAUUACCUCGCACUACACAACAUUCACCUUCGACCCUACAACACCUCCCUUCUUGGAUUUAAAUCUAUUCUGCUGUUAUCAGCUGCUCCAUAGAACACCUAAACACUUUCCUGUACCUGAUCACCUCCGUGAACACCACGUUGUUUUUUUGGGAACAGUAUAGAUCAUAAGGUUUAUGUAAAUGUUGUCUGAAUAAUAUGUUUAUUUAUGUUAGAUCUACAAGUGAUGAUCUUUUGGCUAUCGAAUUUGGAAAUUUCCUAAGCUGCAGCACUGCGGAUAAUGAAGAGUCAAGGUGAAUGUUCCUGUACAAAACAAUCUGGGGCGUGCUGCAUCUUAAUCUAGAUACUAUAAAAAAAAAAAUCUAUUCAUAAAAUUACCCUAUGCUAUACCCUAACCUGCAAUAGAUUGCGUCAUUCAAAACUAAUUGCAGUUGCAAGUCCAAACAAUAUAGAAAGGGAAGAUCUUACACUACACUGUGUUUACCAUGAGAUGGGAUCUCCUACAUUAGUUGGCGCUUCAAUGGUUAUUCAAACCAAACAACGUUUAAAGGAAAAACUCUGUUUUUAGUGAGAUUACUAUUUCCUAUGCUACCUCCCUAAAAAAAUAGCUAAAACUCCUCUCCACUUAGGCAAUGUUCUGUCCCAGCCCAAUCCUCCUCAGCUGACGUUACUCCUCGCUGCGCCGCCAAUGCUGUGCAUGCUGAGAACAGAUGCCUAACAUGAACAUAACUUACAUUAACCAGCCCGGUACUCUUGUUUUGUGCUGGCUAAUGACGCCCCGAUGGAAGUACAACUCUGGCAUCAGAGGGUUAAUCUCUGUGUGUGCCUUGUUCAUAGUGAAAUGCUGCACACGCAGAACCUGGGCACCAGGACCACUUUAAAUCAGUAAAAUGGUUAUGAUGCUUGAAGUAAUAAUUUAAUAAGAGCAGCUGGGGAGGGCGCGUUCACAUGCUCAUCUUAUAGAAACAACAAAAUGGGUUGCAUUAAAAUUUUGAAAAACAUUUAUUCCACAUAAUUUAAUAAAGAAAAUUAGAUUCAGCAAAAGGAUCAAAGAUGACAAAAAAGAACGCAAAUGUUUAAAACGGGGACACUCUUAAUCAUCAGCCAGAUUUUAGACAAAAAUAGCCAAGUAAAAAAAAAACCUGCAUCAACUUGGCUGUUUUUUUUUUCUCAAUACGCUCGUCUUUUCACUACAUUGUCCUGCAAGUAGAAAAACAUUUUUAAUCAAGCAUAACUUCCAUGCAACCUCCUAAUAUCACUUAGAAAUUAUUAUUAAUAAGCCACAAUGGGUACUAAGACAGGUUAUGCAGGUUUGUAGUUUUCUUUCUGUUCAAUUCAGCGUUUUAUUUUCUUGGUAUUCAAAGAGGGAACGCCAUGUUUCUCCUGUACCAAAAGGGUUAAUGAUUUUAACAACCUUGAUACAGUAUCAUUCAUAGAUUGUUUAUGAACAUUGAUUUGAUUGGCCUUCUAGUCCUACAAUGUCUAAUCCAGCUUGAUCUCUUCACUUUCAGCCGGUACAGUUGUCUAGAUGCACGAUUUUACGAUGAGGACCUGUUGACUGUGGUGAUGAGAGAUGACUUGGAACAGGAGGGGAAGGAUAGGAUAUUGGCCCAAUUGCCAUUGUCUAUGAUCUAUUCUAAUGAAGAAACCCAAGACCAGUUUACCAGACAUGCAUGUAAAAGGUAACUUUAAAUCAACAGUUUGAAAUGCUCCCAAGCAGCAUGGCAAAGAGCGAAAAUAAAGCCCAUGAGGAUGCUAUUUAGUGAAUUAUGCAUACAUGGAAAAGCAAGGUCAUGGGUAAUAGUGGGUAUCUGAGAAAGCCUAAACAGGAGUGUGAACACUGUCAGGGUUAUUUACUAAAAGGAGAAUUUCUGUGAAUUUUUAAUUUUAGACCAAGAUAACCAAAUUUUAGGAUAUUUUACAGCUAUUCUACCAUUAUGUUUGAAAUUCACUUUGCAUUAAAUUAUCACUUUAGUUAAAAAAACACUGUUUGUGUGGAAAUGUAGUCUAAUUCAAUAAAUAGAAAGUGUUUGUCAGUCUCAUAUUUGACCACUGGGUGUCAUUGUUGUACUGGACAAAACUCUAGAACAAAUUUUUAUUUCGAUCUGUAACCUAUAGCAGACUGAUAAAGAUUAUCUGAGCUCCAAAAUGUUCUGGCCUAUGUUCUACCAGUGUCCCAGCUCUGUUAUCAAUUAAUUUGUUUGGGGAAAAAUAAAACUAAAGCUAUUAACUCAAAGCUUUUAAGCAUUCUGCAAAGUAUUAAUGGUUUCUAAUGUAUUCCAUUUGUUCCACAACUAACACUGUGGCAAUAACCCUGAGCUAAACAUUUUUAAAAUAACUUUUCCGUAGUGCUCUAAAGAUCGUAAACUCAUUUAAGCAGGGCCUUUUUCACCAAUUGUCUCCAUUAAAAUGUUGUAUAUCGAAUACUUUUUUGUCCGAUAUCCCCAUUCUAUAAUUGUAAAGUGUCAUGUAAUAUGGUGCUAUAUAAAUUUUGAUGAUGAUAAUUUGUCCAAUAAAAUGACACCUAGUGGCCAGAUUUCAGACUGCUAAUAUUGUACAUAUAACCCAUACUCUAAAACCUGUUUUUCACACACAGUGUUUACACAGUCACUUUUUGUUGUUGCCUAUUUUUUAUUUCAAUUUAAAAAUGAUAAAAGUUGCAUUAACGUAUUGCCAUACAGUACCACGUCCAUCUCAGAAUGUUUCCUAUGUUCUAUUAAGCCUAUGAGUGUGUAUAUGGAGGCUGGGAUGUGGGGGGAAUGUGAGUGACACAAGAUUCGUCAUUGGUGAAGAGACAGUGGGUUCUCCCAAAAAUUGGGGCAUGCCACACUAGUGUGUGUUUUAAUGCACUUAUUGGUGAAAUCAGAACAAACAUAGGAUGUUAAGACAGAAACCUACAUUUGAGAUGGCCCCACCAAACCCAGGGCUUUUUGGGAGGUAAAUAAAUUCUUUCUUGCAGAAAUGUUUGCAAAUACAUGGGAUUGUAUCCUUUAGAAUUUGCUGAUAAAAAAUAAUAAUAAUCCAAAUAAAUGAAAUUGUGCAUAACUGCAAGCCUGAAUGGCAAAAGAACAGACUUCCCGAGUGUGAAAAGGAACAGAUUUCAUUCAUUCCAAGCAUGGCAAAAAAUAGAUAUCCACUUGUCUUAAAGAUUGGCAAAGUACCAUAAGAGCUGUUUCCCCAAACAUUGGUGGUCUACAUUUUGGCCAUCCAUCCUCCUUGAAAAUUAUUACAUGCAUAUACUGCUACUAGAACUUAUCAAUCAGUAGAUUCUAGUCAUAUGACUUAUGUUUUCCUUUUUUACCUGCCAGGCUGGAAGAACAAUGUUCAGACAUACCAACACGUACUGUAUACUUGGAGAAUCAGUGCAGGACACUUGAGAACAUGAAGGCACAAUACGUCUCUGUAAAUGGUAUCCGGAAGAUAGCAUGUGUGGUAAGUGUCUGGAUAGCCACAAUAUUUAAAUAACAAUAAAGCUAAUUUAAAAAAGAAAAUGUAACUUAAACAUAACAUUGAUGUGGUCCUGUCAUUGUGUCAGUCCAGUCUGGUUUUGGUACAGCAGAUACCAGCAGAUGCUAAUUAACCUCUUGCUGCUUGGAAUUGCAAGAAGAGGCUUAUUUUAGUAAAAGGUCUCUACUCUUGCAGAUUGGGAGGUGGAAUUGGUAUUUCUCUGGUUUGGUAAUUAUAAGAGGGAUAAUGGGCAUCUCCAAAUUCAGCAUCAUGGCUGCUUGAGUCUGUCGAGUUGUGUGUAUUAAAUUGUUAACUUUUUACUCUCCAGCUCAGUUCCAACUUGCGCCAUGUUCGCGUGUUUGAGAUGGAUGUGGAAGAUGACGGAGAAGGUGAGGAGGAGGAAGGGGAAUCUCAGUCGCAGGAUGUGACAGGAGAAGAAGAGGAGCUUAAUCAGUCUGCUGAUGAUGUGCAGCCAGAUUCAUUUGAAACUGUAGAUGUGACAGAGGAAAGUUUAGACAGCUGAAAUCUUUUUCUUCUACCAUGGUAUCAUCCCAGAGAAUCCAUUAAUUAUUUAUAUAAACGUUUUAUGAAAGUGCUUGAAUUUUUGCCUUUAAUAAAAAAAAAAAAAAAAAAAAAGUUUUACAAAUUGAC